AUGGUAGACGAGAGAGAUUACAUCGGAAAAGGCGGAGGUACUCGCGGCGCACUGUAUCAACCAAUCAACACUCGCCGUCCGUCACAACCCAUCACUCCUUCACACCCUCUUCACACUAAAGAAACUAUUCGUUACACUCAAUUUCGCUCUCAGCUUCAAUCCGAGACUCCACUAUCUGCUCAUGAGAAACUCGACACAGAGCCAACUGAGCCUGCGGAUUUUGCAGCAGCGCCACAGUGCGAUGCUUUGGUUGACAAAUUCAAUGUGACUCCUUUGAUUAUUGGUUUAGUCGCACCAAUCUGCUUACGUCACGUAGCUCUCACGGGUGUUUUCGAUGAUGGUUGGGCUGAUAAAGCCAUUCAUGACUCUGAGUCUCAAUCACAAGAAGAAGAAGUAAGAGAGGCUAAGCGGCCUAACAGACACCAUGAAGAACCUAAAAACUUAGAUGGUAAAAGAGCAGUAACGAUAUGGGUUAAUCUGCUUAGAAAGUCUAUGCCAUUAUCGAGCUCUUUGGCCAUAUCUUUCCUUGCUUGUCACAAAGCAGGAGCACCCAUUCUCCCUACCGAUAUAGUGAGAUGGGCACGAGAAGGAGAGAUUCUGUUCCUAUCUAGUUUUCUCAAGAUUUCAGAGCAAAUGGAAGAGAUAACAGCUUGUCCUGUUCCUAUAAGCGUAAUGUUUAGGCCUCAAACGAUUGUUUCUGCUCAGAUGUUAGAAGUACGAGCCGCUUUGAUUGCUGAUAUUAUUGGUAUGCCUUUGCCUCCUGUAAAUUUCUAUGGCAUAGCUUCAAACUAUCUACAGCGGUUAUCUAUUCCCGAGGACAAGGUUCUUGACCUUGUGUGUCUCAUACAAAACUGGUCAAUGCCUCCGGGUCUAUAUCUAUCCAAGAACGAGCUUAAGCUUCCUACCCGCGUGUGUGUCAUGUCUAUUAUUAUUGUCGCUAUACGGAUACUUUAUAAUAUUAAUGGUUUCGGUGUGUGGGAACGGAGUUUGGGAUUAGUUGGUGCUAGUGAGGCGGAUGUCAAUUCUGAGGAGUCUGAUUCUCCAAUUCAUGAUGAGAUUGAGGAGCUUUCAGAGACAAACUCAGUUGCGGCAGAGUCAUCAGAAUUCACGAAAGCAACUGAGUUUGACACCGAGGAGCUUUUGAAGAAACUUGAAUCGAGAUAUCAUGAGGUCGCAGCUGAAACUUAUGGAUAUAAAAAGGAUCUUUUUGUCCUAUUUAUCGCACGGGAAAAAGAGAUCUUUGCUGGUUUAGAAAACGCAUCAUCUGGUGACGCAUAUAGAACUAUUGAUAAGCUGUGGAAUGGUUACUCCAAAAAUGAGAAAUUCGAACGGCUUGGGACUCCAUUAAAGAGAGUUAGAGACUCGAAAAAUGAUGUAUCACUCAACCAACUUUCAUUGGAUGGAAACAAUCCUUGUACUAGUCUGUCAAUGAGAACCGAAAGCGGAACAAUGGAUCAUGAUCAGUGUUAA